UAUUCUGGCAGGUUACGAUAUGAAGGCAGUGGAUAUUGAUUUUGAAAAGGUUUUCGAGUCUUGUUCUUCUCUCGAGCACCUCCUCUUUAAAUUCCUUAAUAUCUGGUUAUUUGCUGAAGAAGGAUAUGAAGCACCAACUAGGCUUCCUUUUGAUCUUAACAGUGCCAAUCGAUUUACCUACCUGAAACUAUCCUGGUGGAGUCAUGUGAGCUCUCUUUUUCUCUUCGCUUGAUAAGAAGUUUCCCAUUUUAGAAUAUCUCGAAAUUAAGGUUCACUGUGGAGAUGAAGAGUAAUUGUAUUCUAGAAUGCCUUGAACUCGGAUGUUUCUCAGAUGUGACAUUAAAUCACCUCAGGGAAGUUAAGCUGGAACGCUUUGGAGGAACCACGAUGCAACUUAUCAAGCUUUUGUUGGCCAUGUCCCGGUGUUGGUGAGAAUGCUAAUAUAUACAUGUGUUCUACCUCUUGACACGAGGUAUCAAAUUUUUUUUGUGCAUCACCUAAAGCAGUAGUAGUCUACAUUGAUUAAUCAGAUCACAACUUUUGGGUUAGAAGUUAAAAAAUUUAGAAGAGAGACUCAAACGUUGAUAUAAUUGGUCUAUAACUAUGUGUUUACCAAUUUAAAAAUUUAAAACUAAGAAAAUAAGGAGUGUUUCUACUUAUUUACCCCUAAUUAAUUGCCUUGAAGAAAUAAAUUAUUCCUUAAUCCUAUAAAACAUCAUGUAUCAAAACAAGGGUUAUUCUGGAAGAGUACGAUUAAUUCUAUCUCCUUUUUUUUCACACGGUGUUUGAAGCCCCAACUAUCUCCGAAUUGCACACUCUAGUGUCCAUUUGGGGGUGUCCUAAGCCUUGACUAACUUUGGAUCGCGCACUCUAGGGAUCAUUUGGGGGUGAAGCUCCAACCAUAUUAAGCAAUAGUCCCACCACUGCACCACAACCAUCCUUGUAGUUAUUUCUUGAAAUCUUAUAACACAACUUCUUUUAGAACGGAGAAAGUACCAACUAACCUUAUAUAUGAAGCUUACUAUUCCUUCUGUCUAUUAUUACUUGUCCAUGUUUGCCGUAACAUAUUCCUUAAUUAAGAAACAACAAGUAAAAGGAUAAUUUUACUAUAUCUCCUCUAUUAAUUUUAGUCAUCUAUGCUACGGUAUUAAUAGUACGAUUUCAUAACAAGAGUAAAAUAGACACAGAAUUUCAUAUUUACUAACUUGACUAAUAUCUAUUUGUACCAUGUAUAAUUGAAAAUACUUUUUCAUUCUACCUUGUUUUUCUCGCGCUCAAUAUUUAAUAUCCGUAUUUCACUUGAAAUGAAAAUCGAAUCCGACCCGUUAUUAUACUAUAAAGUUUUCCCCCAAUUUCUCUAUUUCCCAACUCCAUGCCCUAGAUUAGGGUAAAACUCAUAGAGGCAAUUUCGAAGAGAAAAAGGCAAUUCUUCUUCCUUGGUAAGCUUUAAAUCUUUUUCCAUUAUAAUUUGGUUAUUUUUCUGCAUUUUAUCAUUUUGUUUCGUUUUUUUGAUGAACUUACAAUCUCUGAAAAUAAGUGUUUUGGGCGAAUUUAGGAUUUUCAGAAUAUGAGUGCAGCAAAAGAAAAUGUAUUAAGCGGAAAUUGAUCCCUGACUCAUCUAGGUUAAUAACUCAACAUUUUCAAUCAAGUGCACUAUUUAAUUUUACGAAGAGACCACGGGUUUAUGUGCCCUGUAAUUGCAUAUAAAUUCAACCCUGGAAUUUAAGUUGCUGGUUUCCUUUUGGGUGUGUUUGUAUGUUCCUAAAGUUGAUAAAAGUUAUUUCCUUUUUGUAGUUUUUAGUUUCAAAGCAUAAGAAUUUAUAUAAGUUGGUCCAAAAAAUCUUUCAAAGAUAGUGUUUUUCUGGAUGGUUCAGAUUCCAGUGGAGUUGGAAGAUAUUAUAGGUGAUUUCUUUGUAUCUGCUUAAGGUUGACGGGUAGAGAUAUCAGAUAUAUUUACUAGUGGGAGGUAGUAGGUACGUAGUGGCAUUGUCGAGUUUAGUGCAAGUUGGCAUAGGGAAGGCUUUAACCUGCUUACUCGAUUUUUUUUCCGUGUGUACUGCAACUUAGAACUCUUUGGAGUGUGAUGUUCAUGUAGCAUGUCAUAUUCCUCUGGGGAUAUUUUAAAAUGAAAUCGUGUUAGUUCAUAGGUUUCUGUGAGGGAUGAAUAAUUUUGGUUUGAAAAAUGGUGAUAGUUUAAGAUAUUUUUCACCUAAGUCUUUUAGCCUUCCCCUUGUUUUCUUCUGCAGAAAAUUGAUGCUAAUUCUUUUCCACUUACUGUGUGUAUAUGUGUUUCUAUGUCGUGUCGAACUUGAGGGUUGAAAAAUGGGGGUCUUUAGUUUUCUCUCUGUGUGUAUAUAAUUUCUAAAUGUUGUUUUUCGCUUACAUUCUCUUCCUCAAUUGUUAAGGAAAUGAUCAAAUGGUUCAAUAUAACCUAUUGGAUAGAAUAUUUGAAUACUAAAAUAUUUCCUAUGUUGAUUUGGCUUUGUGAAUAGCCGCUCUGUCUAGAUAGUUUAGAGAUUCCUUACUUCAUGUUAUUUUCUAGUUACUUCAUUUUGUUGGUGAUUAUUGUUGGAAGUGUUCCUUUCGUUCUUAUGUUGAUUUGACUAAAUGAAUAGUUGUUAUGUCCAGAUAACUUGGAGAGACCUUAUUUCAUACUAUUGCUUAUUUUCUACAGCUUCUCAGUGAUCAUUGUUAUAUGAUGCCUCCUAAGGCAAGAAAGUUUGGUCGAAGUGUACUUCCCGAUGCCCUUAGCUACCUUCCAGAUAAUAUAAUUGAUGUCAUAUUGAUGUGUUUGCCUUCUAAAGAUGCUGUGAGAACAAGCAUCUUAUCAAAGAAAUGGAGGUAUCACUGGUGUCGUCUUACAAAGUUGGAGAUUGAUGAUUCUCUUUGGAUAACAAAGAAGGAUUUACUGAACCCUACCAUAAAAUUUAGGAAGAUGAUGUACCAGUUUUUGAGCCUUCAUGAAGGGCCAAUUACUAAGGUUACCCUUGCUAUUGUUCUUCUAGCAAGCUGUCCUGAGAUUGACAACUUCAUAUAUUUCCUCUCGAGGAAUAACAUUCAACAUCUUGCACUUCACCUUCCACUUAGAAAGGAAUACAAAUUGCCUUCUUCACUUUUCACAUGUUCGCAGCUGAGGCAUCUAAGUCUUGCUUAUUGCUCAAUACAACAUCCAUCAGCCUCUCAAGGAUUUGAUAAAUUAAUAAGCCUGAAUUUAUGUGAAGUCGAUAUUUCUUCUGAGUUGCUGGAAAGUUUAAUAUCUCAUUGCCCGUUGCUUGAGGAGUUGGAGCUGGAUAUUGGAGACAGGUUAGACGCUAUUGAAAUUAAUGCCCCCAUGUUGAGAUCGUUUGAUCUCACAGGCAAUAUAAGUUGUGUCUGCCUUAAGAAUGUCCCUCGUCUGGUAAAAUUAUUGCUGUAUGGUGACUAUAUUCAAGCAGAGGAACUUGAUUUUGCAAAGCUUUUCGAGUGUUGUCCUGCUCUCGAGCACCUCCGCUUUUUCUUGCUUGAUUCCGGGUUCUUUGCUGAAGAAGGAUAUGAAGCACCAUUAAGACUUCCGUUUAAUCUUAACAGCGUCAAACGCUUUUACCUGCCUGACAUUAAGCUGGUCGAAUCACACAAGCUUUCGUAUGCUCUAUGCUUAAUAAGAAGUUCCCCGUAUCUAGAAUAUCUCGAAAUACAGGUUCAUGACUAUAGAUAUGACGAAGAAGAUGAAGAUGACGAGGAUGAACCUAUUCCAGAACCCCUUGAGCUCAAACAUUUAUCGGAUGUGACAUUUAAUCACCUCAAGGAAGUUAAGCUACGCUGCUUAACAGGAACAACUUCUGAGUUGCUGCUUAUCAAGUUUUUGUUAGCCGAGUCCCCUGUGUUGGAGAGAAUGCUAAUCGAUCGACAGUUUCUUGAUCAAGAACAGCUCGAUAGAAGAUUACAGAUAUUCGCAGAGAUAUCAAAUUUUUCGCGGGCAUCGCCUAAAGCAGAAGUUGUCUACAUAGAUUUAGGCGGAUCUUUGGCUUAGAAGUUGAAAGACUGAAAAGAGAAACAAACUUAAUGUAGUAGUAUGACAUACUUGUUUAUUUCUUUACUUGUAUGGCUCAGCUUGAAGGUAACUAUGAGGAUUUUAUUUUUCCGUUUCUUCGGUUUAUUGA